GACGUGAAAACUAUUACGACGCGCAAAUGGCAAAUAACGUUAACCUCUGCUGAUUGUACGAUUGAAGAACACUGUCAAGGUUGGCAGGUACGAAAGCGCUGAUUUAAGAAAACCAACAGAAUUUGUGCAAUUUGUGUUAAAAAAAAAAACAACUGUUAUUUCGCGAAAUUUUCUGUGAAGAUAUAUUCGAAAGACCGGAAGGAGAUCGGAGAGGAGUCAAAGAUCAUUUUACGAGUUACCGAUUCGACAAUGAUCGCGAACGCAGAACCGGCGAGAACCGCGAACGUCGAGAUCCUCUGCAAUCGUGACGAUCUCGACGAUUUGCUCGAGGAAGAGGAGAAAGAAAACGUGAAUACUCACGGCAAGAUUAUCCUGAGGGAAUACUUGAGACUUCUCUCCACCGAAGAGGCGAAGAUCAAUUUCAUCCUGAAGAUUCUGACGAAGGCAGUGAACGAGCAUAAGGUUUUCGCGAUUUACGGCGUUUUCCCACCGUUGAGAAAGCCUCUGGGAAAAAGGGGCUGGAUAGAGAAACGGUUUAUCAGAAGAAUGCUGUCGAUGUCGCCGGAGAUCUUGGAAGGUUGCUCGCAGAAAUUCAUUCCAUUCGCUGUGAAAGCGAAACAUACACAGAUUCUUUGUAUUUCAGCCGGCCUGGAAACGAUCGAAAAGUUAUUGCGUUAUCCUGCCAAUUUUUUGUGGUACACUAAUAAAAGGGCACCUGUUAGAAUGGAUGAGAAGACCAUAGUUAACAAAUUCUGCGGAUGUUAUUUUACGUCAAAGGUCGACAUGUGCAACAAUUUGGAGAAUAUUUCUUGGUUCUACGAAACUGGCGUGUCAAACGUACAAUUCCCACGAUGCUAUAACGUUUAUCAGCCAGCGCAGGUAGAGGAAUUCGUGCGGGAUUUUUACAUCACAGCUUGCACGGGAAUUCUCAAGUGGUUCUUAUUCUUGGCUACUAUAGAUGGACCGAAUGCUGUUUGGUCCCAAGACGGCACUAUCCCUAUAAAAGCAAUUUCAUUCGCUCUCGAGCGAUGCGCUGAAUACAUAAGCAUCUGCGCACACGAAGAUAUUGAUGGACAGAAUUACAAAAAAAUAUCGAUUUCCGACUGGAAUCAAUUUUUAUUCUGGCACGAACAACUUUUGCAUAGACGAGGGAUGUUGGAGAAGAAUGACAACAUAGAUAUCGAAGAACUCUUACGAUUCAUUGCAAGCACGAUAAAAGAAAUGACGCAGUGUCGUGGUCAGAGUCAAAUCGACGGGAUGAGGAACGUCUGGAUUAUAAAACCAGGUGACAAGAGUCUGGGAAAAGGUAUAGUCCUGAAGAGUUCGUUGCAAGAGAUUUUAAGCAAGAUAAACCAGGCUACCAAGGAAUGCACGCAGUACGUCGUGCAGAAGUACAUAGAACAGCCUCUGCUCGUUCAUAAAACGAAGGUUGAUAUUAGACAAUGGUUUUUGAUAACUAGCACGCAACCCCUCGUAGUUUGGAUGUACAAGGAUAUUCUGCUUCGUUUCGCGUCGAGAGAUUUCACCCUCGAUAACUUCCACGAAUCGAUUCAUUUAUGCAACACGACUGUGCAGCUGAAGUACAGGAAGACAGUGGGAGAGAACGCGCAGAUACCCAGCGAGCUUCACUGGAAUCUUCAGAACUUCAAGGAAUAUCUGAAAAAUACCGAUCGGGAGUCAGCAUGGGAGAAGCUCAUUAAACCAGGCAUAAAGCAAAAUUUAAUAGGAGCACUUCUGGCAUCCCAGGAAAACAUGGUCAAUCGGAAAAACAGCUUUCAAUUAUACGGCGCUGAUUUUUUAAUAAUGGAUGACCUAUCGGUUUGGUUAAUCGAAAUCAAUACGAAUCCACGAUUGCAUCCUCCUAGCAGUACUGUUACUGAAAAACUUUAUCCAGAAAUAAUAGAGGAUACUAUUAAAGUAAUUAUAGACAGACGUAAGAACAAGAAAGCUGCACGCGGUAAAUUCGAGUGCAUCUUCAAACAACGCAAUCCAUUUUACGGAAACGUUUUAGGAAAAGGAGUGAGUCUUGGAAUUCGCGGCAAAGCGUUACUUUCACCAUCGAAUUCACCUCGAAAAUGGUGAAAAGUUCCUCAUAU